AGUAAGGUUACAUGUUCAUACUUCAAGCAGACAGGGGCAAGUGUAUUAUCAGGGAUGAGAGAGGGUAGUACACACAAAAUAAGGUAGACUUGGAGAGAAAGAAGGAUAUCAUAUUUGAACUCCACUUCUUUUGCAUGAAGAAGAAUAUUGACGGAUACGAGUGUGCCUCGCGGAUACAGCAAGACAGAGAACCCAUGUGCGUAUUGAAAAUACCACAGCUUGAGGCAAACUCAUCGAUAUAAUCCACAACCGUCCUGCGCCUGUGAAUCCUACAGAUCGGGCUUUUUCUUGACCCCGAAAAAGGAAAAUGACUGAUUUCCAUUUGUUAUAACGGCUUUGUUCCUAUAAGCUAGGCUACACAAUAGUAAAAACAAAUUGGAUAUAUAUGUUAAAAAAUAGAUAUAUGCUAUAAUUGCUUGGUUGGUUGUAUAAAUUGGGGGGAAAUAACGGGACAAAGAAUACAUCAAAAACAAAGAAUCUGUGCGUAUUUUGGAAAGAGCAUAAGAUCCUGUGCCAAAUAUCUGUUAAAACGUAAGAAGUAGCCUGACCUCCAUAAAAACUGCGAAAACUGGAUUUCUACAGCCUACAUCAUCGAUAAUAUCGAUGAAUUCACGUGAACCCUUUUGAUCUUUUCGAAUCAUCACAGGCGCUUUUGGGUGCGCUUUUACCCAGUUUUAAGCCUUUUGUAGCUAGGCUACUUGCUGCAACCUCUGAAAAAUAUCCAGAACGCGAUGGGUUGCUUCUGUGCUGUUCAAGAAGAAUUUUACUGCGAAGUUUUACUCUUGGAUGAAACUAAACUGACGCUAACCACUCAACAGCAAGGCAUAAAGAAAUCAACCAAGGGGUCGGUUGUCCUGGACUACGUAUUCAACCACGUGAACCUGCUGGAGACGGACUACUUUGGCCUGCGUUACUGCGACCGCAGCCACCAGACAUAUUGGCUAGACUCCUCGAAAACCCUCGCAGAACACAAGGAUUUGAUAGCAACAGGACCACCUUAUACUCUCUACUUCGGGGUCAAGUUCUAUGCAGAGGAUCCUUGCAAGCUCAAAGAAGAAAUAACAAGGUACCAGUUCUUCCUGCAGGUGAAGCAGGAUGUUCUGCAGGGCCGCCUGCCCUGUUCCUCCACUGUCAGUGCACAGCUGGCGGCUUUCGCCAUCCAGUCUGAGCUGGGGGAGUACGAUCCCUACAAACACGCAGCAGGCUACGUGUCAGAGUACCGCUUCGUCCCGGAUCAAAAGGAGGAGAUGGAGGAGGCCAUCGAGCAGAUUCACAAAACUAUAACCGGUCAGGUUCCCUCCGAGGCUGAAAUGAAUUAUUUAGGAAUUGCCAAAGCACUGGAAAUGUAUGGAGUCGACCUUCACCCUGUGUUUGGAGAGAAGCAGUCCGAAUAUUUUCUAGGAUUAACACCUGUAGGAGUUGUUGUUUACAAGAACAAAACCCAAGUGGGGAAGUACUUCUGGCCAAGGAUCACAAAAGUGCAUUUUAAGGAAACACAAUUUGAGCUCCGAGUCAUGGGGAAAGAUUGUAACGAGACAUCGUUCUUCUUUGACGCACCCAAUAAAACGGCGUGUAAACACCUAUGGAAGUGCUGCGUGGAACACCACACGUUCUUCAGAAUGCCUGAAAAUGAUUCCAACUCAUUGACAAGAAAACUCACAAAAUUUGGUUCCCUGGGAUCAAAGCAUCGCUACAGUGGGAAGACAGCCAUGCAGAUGGGCAGAGAUCAGUCCGUGCAGCUGCCCAGGCCCAACCUGCAGGUGCUCAGAUCUCGCAGCAAGACGUACCCGAAGAGAGUCCCCGAGCCCGCGGGAACCAACAACAUGAAUCGAUCAAACACAAAGCCUGAGAACAGAGACAGCGAAGGAACAACCAAAAUCAUUGCGCCCUCCCCAGUAAAAAGUCCUCUUGGUUCCAAAACACCCAAACCAGAGAGCAGUCCAGAGGCACAGCGUGAAAAGCCCAGUGCACCAUGGGAUGAAAAUGCACCACAGAGCGGUCUCUACAAUUCAGCCAAUGAGCGAAACAAAUCACCCAAAUUCCCAGCUGCAAGAAGGCGGACGCCAUCAGGAGGAAGUGAGAACGAGCCAUCUCAGCCAGCCAGACGCAGGAAAGGCCAGAACAACGAUGAUCCUGAGUCCAAACAGCAGAGGAGACGGUCACGUUCCCGUGGCAACACCAGCAGUGGCAGCGAGUCCGAGAAUUCCAGCAGGGAUCACCGGAAGAAAAGAAACAGGUCCAGACAGGAGAAUGAGAUGGUGGACUCCGCCCCUCAGUGGGAAGCUGUGCUCCGUCGGCAGAAGGAGAGAUCACAGAAUGACCCCAACUACCGCCGCUCCAGAAACCGGUCACGAUCGAGAAGCCCAGAUGUCCAGGCUAAAGAACAACUGUGGAAACACAUUCAGAAAGAGCUGGUGGAUCCCUCUGGUCUCACUGAAGAGCAGCUGAAGGAAAUCCCCUAUAAGAAAGUCGAGACUCAAGGUGACCCCAUCCGAAUACGACACUCACACUCACCCAGGAGUUUCCGGCAGUACAGGAGGUCACAGUGUUCAGAUGGGGAGAGGUCUGUGCUCUCAGAGGUCAACUCUCGGACAGACCUGGUGCCCCCCCUGCCUGUCACCCGCACGGCCGACGCCCAUGGCCCAGCUGUCACUCCUUCUCAGCAGAAAAAGAAUGAAUCCAAAGACAGCCUCUCGGAAAGCCGAGAGCUGGAGAUCAAAGGCAGCUGCAAGGCGGUAAAGAGCGCGCACACUCCCAGAACCAAGACGUGACGGCUGCUCUCUCCCCGAACCGCUGCUCUCUCCCCGAACCGCUGCUCUCUCCCCGACACGUGCCGCAGCUUCAGACCAGAAGCGGAGGGAGAAACGCCCAGCAGGAGGGAAGACGGACUGUACUGGAACCACUGCCGCAUUGAAGCGCUUCUCUUUGUCACUGAAGUUUUCCUGUGUAUAUUUUAGGUAAUGCAUGGCUGCUCAUUGCAUCGUUCCAGAGGACUCUAUAGUGUAGGGAAUGUCUGUAUGUUUGGUUGCUUCGUUUCUCAAUCCUGUUCCAGUGAUCUCGGUGUUGUCAGGACUGCAAGGACUUCGGUAACCCUGGCGGCCUUCCCGCACUGCAUCCGACAUGCAGCAUGACUAACACGAAUGGCCGCUAGUGCCCAUGAAAAAAAGCACAUUCUCUGCAUUUCACAGCUUUCGCUCAACAGUCUGCUGUUGUUGUGUGAUGCUGUCUGGUCAGUAGCCAAGCUGAGUUCGAUUGUGGCUGUGUUGAUGUUCAGAAGAUGGAAUUAAAGGAUACCGCAGAUGCAGUGUGCCAAAGGACUUAAGGGGGUGUUGCAAAGACCUUAAAGUUCGAUACAGUAUUAAACAUUGUGUUUCAUGCAGAUGUUACAGCUUCACACCAGGAAGGCCUGAGUGGUUGAGUGUUCCAUUACUUUCUCCUGUAGGACCCUUGCUGCUGUAGCCUGACUUUUGCACAUUGAUGGCUCAGUUUUCUCAGUCGUUUCAUUCAAAUCACUCAAUGUUAUGGUUGAAAUCACCCUGAAUAAAUGCAUCCCCCUCUGC